ACAGUGGGUUUGAUAAGGCCACAGCUAGCUUGGGAAUUCUUUGUGAAUCAGAGAAGCAUGGUGGUGGUUGAGUUUGGGAAGUACUGGCCUGGGAUUUAGCAGAGCUGGGUGCUGGCUGUCACUCCGUCCAGAAUGCUGACCCUCAGUAUUCUCAUCUUUGCAGUGAGUGGGUUGAGACAGACAAUCUCUAAUGUUGCUUCCAGCCCUGUGACUAUAGGUCCAUUGCAAAUAUUAUUAUCCUCACUGUUUUUCAGGUGGAGAAACUGAAGAACCAGUUGAAUAUUCAAAUAAAAAGGAAAACAUCUGUUGGCAUGGAAAAGUGAUUAUUUCCUAAGCUACUGAGUAAAACACAGCUGCACUGGCAUUUUUAACACUGUUUUCUUGUCAAUUUUUGUUCUUUCAGGAAACCUUACAGAAACAUGAAGCCCUGAGCCAUCUGGAACUUAGAAACCCAUUUGGGGCCGUCUGCGGCUUCUAGAACAUCCAGGUGUUCUGCAGAUGCGAGAAUUUAUCCUGCAGCCGCCAGCUGGAAUCCCAAACAGAUGCAAGGCUUGUGCUACGGCUCCAAUAUCGCUGACACAGAAGGGUCCUUUUCUAAGUGGCCGUGAUAAAUUAACUGUGCAAUGGUACAUAGAACCCAAGUGAAAAAGAACAGUUGUUGACACUGAGGCCUAACUGAUGCACAAAUCAGUCAUCCUACUGAGCUGUACGCUGCUGGUGGGAUAACAUUUACUGAAGAGGGUUAAGUCAAAUACAGGGGUGUAAAUUUCCUCACUCUCCUGAAUCAGGAUUUCAAAUGGGGACAUCAUUUCUGUAGCCCCCACCAUCACUAUAGCCAUCACUGCCACCCCCACUGCUGCUCCCACUGAUACCCUAUCUUCCUGCAAACCCCACUGUUGCUCUCCAAGGACAUCCUACAUUGAAAGUGAGCAGAAGGGAGCUCUCAGAAUCAUCUCUAGGGGUGGCUUGCCAUCACUCCAGACAACUGGAACGCUUUCCUUACCACCAUGGGCCAGCUUUUUCUAAAGGUUUUGAUAGUGGGAUUGAAUUUCUUGGGAUUUUUUUACCCUCUUGUGGAUUUUCGCUUCAGUGGGAAGACUGGAGGCCAGAAACCAAAUUUCGUGAUCAUUUUGGCAGAUGACAUGGGGUGGGGUGACCUGGGAGCGAACUGGGCAGAAACAAAGGACACGGCCCACCUUGAUAAGAUGGCUGCGGAAGGAAUGAGGUUUGUGGAUUUCCACGCAGCCGCUUCCACCUGCUCGCCCUCCCGUGCCUCCCUGCUCACAGGCCGGCUGGGUCUUCGCAAUGGGGUCACCCACAACUUUGCAGUCACCUCUGUGGGGGGCCUUCCGCUCAACGAGACCACCUUGGCGGAGGUGCUGCAGCAGGCUGGCUACGUCACCGGCAUGAUAGGCAAAUGGCAUCUUGGGCACCACGGCUCUUAUCACCCCAACUUUCGUGGUUUUGAUUACUACUUUGGAAUCCCGUACAGCAAUGAUAUGGGCUGUACUGAUACCCCGGGCUAUGACCACCCUCCUUGUCCAGCGUGUCCACAACAGAGUAGACCGUCAAGGAAUCCUGAGAGGGCCUGUUACACGGACGUGGCCCUUCCUCUGUAUGAGAACCUCACCAUCGUUGAGCAGCCAGUGAACUUGAGCAGCCUGGCGCAGAAGUAUGCUGAGAAAGCCACCCAGUUCGUCCAGCAUGCCAGCGCCAGUGGGAGACCCUUUCUGCUCUACGUGGGCCUGGCCCACAUGCACGUGCCCUUAUCCGUGACCCAGCUGUCAGCCUGCCCACCAGGCCGAAGGCCAUACGCUGCAGGUCUCCGGGAGAUGGACAGCCUGCUGGGCCAGAUCAAGGACAAAGUUGACCGCACAGCAAAAGAAAACACAUUGCUCUGGUUUACAGGUGACAAUGGCCCGUGGGCUCAGAAGUGUGAGCUGGCGGGAAGCACAGGUCCCUACACUGGAUUAUGGCAAACUCGUCAAGGGGGAAGCCCAGCCAAGCAGACCACGUGGGAGGGAGGACACCGGGUCCCAGCUCUGGCUUAUUGGCCUGGCAGAGUCCCCAUCAAUGUCACCAGCACUGCUUUGUUAAGUGUGCUGGACAUCUUCCCCACUGUCGUGGCCCUGGCCCAGGCCAGCCUGCCCCCGGACCGGCACUUCGAUGGUCUAGACGCCUCUGACGUGCUCUUUGGCCGGUUGCAGAGUGGGCACAAGGUAAGUGGGAAAGUGAUGUACAGCCGCCCAGGCUCUUCCACAGGUCAGCAGCCACCUCUUGCCCAGGACCUGCCACCUCGGUGUAAUUUCUUUGCCCGGGAGAGCGGUCACUUGAAUGUUCAAGAUCUGGCACGGGUGAACUCAUCUAUAAUCGACCGCAGCCCUGCUGUUUACAACAUAGGGCCGAAGUUGGGGUUAAUGAGUUAUUCGUUGUCAUCUUCUCUAGGUGGAGCGAAAGCCUGUGAUGGGAGCGUCGGCCCUGAGCAGCACCACGAGCUUCCGCUUAUUUUUAAUCUAGAAGACGAUAGUGCUGAAGACGUGCCUCUAGAAAGAGGUGGUACCGAAUACCAGACCGUACUGCCCCAGGUCAGAAGGGUUCUUGCAGAUGUCCUUCAGGACAUUUCUGAGGACAACACCUCCAGCGCGGAUUACACUCAGGAUCCUUCAGUAGCUCCCUGCUGUAAUCCCUACCGAAUGGCCUGCCGCUGCCAAACCACGUAACACACGGAUUUGUCCACAGGAGGGAUAUUGGGAAGGUGGAUGGGGCUGGCUCAUUUCCAAGCUUCGGUUUUACCCUCUCUACAGUUACACCACUCGUCUGUCAGUUUGUCCUUCUGCGGUGGCUUGUGUGGAAGCUAUGUCACCAGUAUUUCAAAUACCAGCAGGGUCACCCAUGGUGGACAGGUUUCAGCAGAGCUUCCAGACUAAGACAGAGUAGGAAGAAAGGCCUGGUGAUCUACUUCUGAAUAUUAACCAGUGAAAACCCUAAGGAUCACAACAGAAUACUGUCCGUAGUGCUGGAAGAUAGCACAGGACCAGACAAUGUUUGGGACUGCCUUAACAGCCAGAUUCUAAUCCUGACUCAGUGGCAACUAACAAUGGUUACGUAAGCUUUAAAAAUAUGUCUCAGAAUUUUGUUUUGCAGCCACCCCUUUGCGUACUCCACACCACCCCUUCUCCAUGCUGGCUGUGCCCUAACCAGCUACAGACGACAGCUGAGCCUAGCCGGCCUGGAGCAGUCAGCGUGUGUAACGGAAAGCACGCAGGCUUUGGAGUCAGACUCGGGUUCAAACCCCAGCCUUUGAACUUGGGCAGUUUAACCUCUCAGACUUUUAGUUUCAUUAGUAACUACCUUGCAAGCCGAUUCUGAGGGUUAAAUAAGGCAGUGAAUGAACAUGGCGGGCAUAUUACCUGACACAGACAGGCUCUCAAUACAUGUUAGUUUCCUCGUUAUGUCCCCAGUUUCGCUGGCCAUUUUAGCACCAAUUCAUUCCAACCGAUAUCAGGAACAGCACAUCUCCAUCUUUAAUAUGCCUACAAAUCACCUGGGGAUCUUGUGAAAAUGUAGAUCCUGAUUCAGCUGGUCUGGGAUAAGGCCCGAGAGCCUGCAUGUCUAGCAAGCUGGUGGGGAGGGAGGGGUAGGAAGGGCCCUUUGAGUAGCAACGAUCUAGACAGACAAAGUUAGAUUUGUUUCUAGAAUGCUGUCCGAUAUAGUGCUGGAAGAUGAAGCCCCCUAGGUUGGAAGGCACUCAAAAUACACAGUGGCUGCAACCAACGACUUGAACACGCCACCGAUCGUGAAGGUGGCGCAGGA